AGAAUAUUGAGGGUUUUUGUUUUCUCCGAGAAAAACGACUUCUUCUCAGAUGGCGACUCCGAAGCGCCUCAAUUCCUCCGAUACUUGUUAUCUGCACAAGUCUCCAUCAGACCAAGUUUCGACGAAGAAGAAGAGCAAGAAGAAGAAAGUGGCUUCUCCUGUGAUCAAACGGAUCUGGAACGAGGACGACGAGCUCUCUAUCCUAAAGGGUUUAGUGGAUUACAGAGUGAAGACACGGCACGAUUCAAGUUUCGAUUGGGAUGGUUUCUUCCGUUUCGUGCAAGGUUCCAUCCGUGUCAAAUUCUCCAAGGAGCAGCUUUUUAGUAAGGUUAGGAAGUUGAGAAGGAAGUUCGUUGUUCACAGUGAGAGAAUCGAUCGAGGCGAAGAUCCGCUCUUCACUAGGCUUACUGACUCUCAAGCCUUUGGAUACUCCAACAUGAUCUGGGGCCUAACCCCAGCUCCUAACGAAGGCACUGAGAAAGCACAAGAAGAGGAAAAUGAACAAAUGGAUAAUGCUGCUGGACAUGUGAAUGGCAAUGAUGGCAAAGAAUCUGAAUUUGCUAAUGGAGGCAUGGAGAACGUAAUGCAGAUCGAGAAUGACGAGAAUGGGCGAGUGGGUAAGGAUGAACUUGUUAAUGAAAACGAGGCGGAGAAAGCUCUUCAUGAAGUGGGUGCUGACAAAACGACCGAGUACAAGACUGACGGGAAAGAGAGUCAUGAUGAUGAGUUACGCUUUGUGGAGGAUUCGUUUGAGGCCACGAUUUUGCAAGGUUUAAGUGAUUGGCAGAGGAAGUUACAGCUUAAGAAGCUGAUGAUGAACCUUGGAAUGGGUGAAAGAAGAGAGUUGAGCAAUGAAUGGAAAGCAUUAUGUUCUGAGGAAGUAAAAUUGAAAAUCAAGAAGCUUAGGUUUGCCGCAAAGCUUGUGGAGGCAGCAAAUGAUGGAUGAAACUAGGCAAUUGCAUCAUUUUUUGUUGUAAUGGUGUUGUUUAGUUAGAAAGUUGAUAGUACGUAUUACUAUAAGUUUUAGUCGGUUACAUCUGGUUCUCGUCUCCAGCUUAUUAAAAGUUUUUACUAUGUGAACCAUAUUCAAAAAGGUUUACAAAAAAUCAAGAAGCUUAGGUUUGCAGAAAAGCUUGUAGAGCAAAUGAUGGAUGAAACUACGCAAUUGCAUCAUUUUUGUUGUUGUAAUGGUGUUGUUUAGU